UUACGAUUGUUCAACUUCCUCGACGUGGAUGGACACGCGCCCAAUUCUUAUCCGGCUACCGCAUUAUUGAAUGCAACACAUUUGUAAUCGAUAAUUUCGUUCAAGAAUUGGCAUCCUGGAGUUCCAGUUCCUUAAGGUGUUUUUCAGCUGGUGAAUUUGCUACCGGAAAUGAUAGUGCUUGUGUAUGAGAAAGAGAAGAUUUGGAUGCGUAGACUGAUUUAAAAGGUAACAAGAAAGGAUAGUGAUGCCUGCAGUGAGCAUUUGCGAUUCCGUUGCGGUGGCACUCCGCAACAGUUUGGAGAGCAGCCAGUCAAAAUCCGACGACCUGUCGAUCACCAUAGCUGACAGUUAUUCUCGCAUCGCGGAAGGUGCGGUCGAGUACGAAAAAGAAGCACAAACGUGCAAGCCCAGGGAAGGUCUGGACCCCCUAAAAUUGAAAAUCGCUACCUUUUACACCCGAAAUUCAGACAAUUCCGAUAGUGGAAAUAUGAAUGAGGAUGCUUCGUCUUCUAAACGACCAGAGGGCAGGAAGACUGAACACACUUUACCAGCACCUAAACAUGUUUUAUAUCAUCCGAAUAAAGUCCUUUUGGGCUGGAGAGAUAACAUUCCUAUCGGCGCUGGCAUGUAUAAUGUCGGAAAUACAUGCUACUUAAAUAGUACUCUUCAAGCCCUUUUUCACGUUCCAGCCCUCGUUAAUUGGCUAUUGUCCGACACACAUCAAUGCGAGCAGACUGAAGGAGAGUGCCUUACCUGUUCCAUGGCCAAGACUUUGCAGUAUAGCCACCAAAAAUCAGGGGAGGCUUUCAAACCUUUCUGCAUUUAUAACAAACUUAAACAAAUUUGUAGAACCAUGGUACUAGGACAACAAGAAGAUGCUCACGAAUUUUUACGUUAUUUAUUGGAGGGAAUGGAGAGAGCCUAUUUAACAAGACAUAAAGCUACUAAAUUAGACAAUUACUCAAAGGAAACUACACCCGUUAACCAGAUAUUCGGUGGCUAUAUUCGCACGGAAGUCAAGUGCCUUCAGUGCGACCACGUAUCCACAACUUUUCAACACUUUCAGGAUUUACUGGUGGAUAUUCGGAAAGCGAGCACCCUAGAUGAAGCUCUCUCGAGUUACUUCAGUCAGGAGCAUUUAGAUAACAAUGACUACAAGUGCGAAGCUUGUAAGCGAAGAGUACCUGCCACAAAACAAUUUAGACUGGAGAGGCCGCCCAAAGUGCUUUGUGUGCAGCUGAAACGAUUCAGCGUCAUGGGCGGAAAGAUUUCCCGACACAUAGUGUUUAAACAAACAGUCGACAUGGGCCCCUAUCUCUGGAGAGAAAAAGACGAAGGCAUGAAGAAAUUAAAUUACAAACUCACCUCCAUGGUUACUCACAUGGGACCCUCUGUCAAUUGUGGACACUACACAGCCAUUGCUCAGGUUUCGACGGGGAAGUACUACUGUUUUGAUGACUCUUGUGUUCGUCAAAUACCUCUCAACACAGUACUGAAUACAAACGCGUACAUCAUGAUUUUUGAGAUGGAGCCCGAGACUCAGAGCCAGUUUAAGAUUCACCAAAGCAUUAAAGUCAACGGAGCCAUAACGUCGACGAAAAGCUUUCUCCCCAUUUCUCUCAACUCUGAAAGUAAACACUCAAACUCCAAACCCUCGACUUCUGCGAAUAUCACACAAAAUGGAUCAGACUCCCAAAAACACAAAGAAUACAGCAAUCAGCCUGCCACAAUUUCUCAAACGUCUCAGAAAAUCAACGGCAUUCACCAGAGUGGCCAGAAGAGUUCAAGCUUCAUCGGGCCUCUACUGCCUCAAAAAUUACAAGAAAAAUCCCAACCAAAAUUAGUAUUGCACACGAAAAACGGUAAAGUGUCGAACGGAAAGAGUUUAGUGCCGUAUGCUAGAUCAAGUGACGAUGAAGAGAAUAAUUCUGGAAAUGCGCCCAAGGCCCAAAAUAUUGAGAACUCUUCCAAUCUAAAACCGAAUCCGUUUAAUUCAAGUAAUUCAAAUAAUGUACAGAAAGGUCUUGUUUCUAAAAAAGAUUCUUCGCCCAAACCAGGCUCAAAUUCAAAGGACUUGCUGAAGACAAAUGGAAGCUGUUCAGCUUCGUCGAAUUUGAAGCCUCUGAAUGGGUUACUUCCGUUAGCAAAGUUGCAAAAUGGCAGCAGUAACGGCAACGGUGUUAUCAAACAGUCGUCGUCGCCGAAACAUCAGAAUGGAAAAUCGGAGAGCAAUGGAAAAUCUGAGACUAAUGGCAAAGACAAGUGGAGUUCGCCGGUUAAAACGAAGAAUAGUGAGGAUGGAAAAUUGGCUGCAAGCAGUAAUGGCUGGCAAGUUUCUAAAGAUACUCCAGCACCUUCAUCAGCGGCGAUUCCUAAUGGAUGGUCCGUCACUGAUAAUAAUAAGGAGGAACCGUCGACUAAAUUCAAUCACAACUUGACGCCGUAUGCAGCAGCUGUCCGCGACUUCAACGGGACAAAUCGUUCGGAAACAGUUUCCCAUUUAAUGAAGACUUCGCAUCGAGGCUACGGGAGUAAUUCGGUGACAAAUUGGAAUGGAGGAAGGUCGCGACUAGAUCGAGAAGUUGAUGACGAAAGGCGACAAGAAAGAAAACGCCACAUGGACCCUGAUGACGAGGAGAUCGACCGAGGCCGAACGAAGAAAGUGAAACGACACCGGGACUACGAAAAUCGGCCCAACACCAGCUACAAUGCAUUUCAAGAAUACCAGAAUGCCAAAUCCUGGAAUCAUCCAAUAGGCGGCGGUGGUUACAGGAGAAAUUACUACAACACAUCCAAUUACGGACGAGCUCGACACGUCGAUAAUUACGGGCCGUCGAAUAAUUACAGAUAUGACAACAGCCAUAAUAAUCGCAAUCAUUGGCAACGUAGAUAGAAACACCCAAUGAAUUGGGCCUAACUCAGCGUGGAAAUCGCUUUCGUUUUCAAUCGUCGAUUUAUAUUCGAUAAAUCGACGUCGGAGAUGUGAAAAAGAAAAACUGCAAACGUUGCAUUUCGAGUAACUUGUACGUUACUCAAACUAUCGAGACGUUUCGCCAGCUAGUCCCCGAUUCAUCAAGAUUUGUAAGAAUAUUAUUUAUUGGGGGAGCCUCGAAAAACCGGAUAAAGAAAAAAAUAACUUGUGUCAAGUGAAGGCUUUGAGUCUUGAAUACAGGAAGAGAAGAGCUUUUAUCGAUAAAGCUUUUAGUUAUUUUUAGAAAAUCUGAAGCUUUUAGGAUUUGCGCAUGGACGGAAAUAAUCCUCCGGAUUUGAUGUUUUUGCGAAUACUGAAAAAAAGAAGAAAAGAAGUCAAGGUUUUUAAAAGGCGCAGAGGGGGAGACAUUCUGAAAUUUAAGAAGGGAGUAAUGAACGCGGUUACAUUUUCUCGCUUGGUAGCUUUUACUCAGUGACAGAAAUCGCAUUUCGAGAGAGUAUAAAUUUAAUUAUGGACUUCGAGUUUUACAGGUGCGUUGAUUUUAUUUAAUUAAUGAGUGAAUGAAAGUUGCUGGUAAUAUAUUAAUUGAGAAAAUUGAGAAUGAAGAAAUGCGAUCCGUCCCGUCCCUUAUUCCAGCAGAGAGAUGCUAGACUCCCGUAAAUAUUAGAUGAAAUGUAGAUAAUAUACCUACCGAUUGUCAGGAUGAACCCGAAACUCUGCGUGGAUGCCGAGAAGUAAAUUGUACAUUUGCAGGGGUCUCGCGUUUGAUCGCAGGUUAUUUUUAAAGAAUCGCUGAAUGUCGGUGACCCUUGGGCGCAAUAUUAAUUUGACAGGUGAGAGAAUGGUGAGAAUGCGAAACGGAUGAAAUUCGUGCAUAAAUAACGACUUAUUUGAGUAAGAUUAAUGAAUAAUCUUCGAGUAAGGGUUACUGUAAACUUUUUAGGUAAUUUUACAUUUAGUUUCUAAAGUCUACAGUUAAGAUGAUUAUGUGACAGAAAAAGCGAUUUGUGAAGACAGUUUUACGACUCGAGUGUGAAUGACAGAAUUUUGUUGAAGCAAGAACUAUGAGACAGUGAUAAGUUUAUUAUUCAUAGUCUGCUCCGAUUUAUAAUACCUCGUUAUAUUAUUCUAUAAAUUAAUUAAUACUAGCCAAAAAGUUAGACCGGUAAAGUGUAAAGUAGCUAGCGAUAACAGCAACAUUAUUAAAUAACGUAAUCGACGUCUGACUUGAUUUGUGUACCAGCUGUCUUCAAUAAAACGACGUCUGUAUAAUGUACGUCCGCAUAUUUGCUAUCAAAUUAAAAGAAUAUAUUCAGCAAAGACAAAGAAUCUAAAACGAA